GUUUGCAGCAAAAUUAAUCUCUGGAGUGCUUGAUUUCAAAGCAAAACUUGACAGUCCAGAAGGUCUUUCAGAAUUAUGGAGAGGACAUAGUCUAUGUCCAGAGCAAUAUUACAACUUCUUUGGGUCAUGUAGAGAGCCUGGAACCAAAAGAGACCGCGUGCUACUGCACUCACGGCACAAAUCUUCGUCCCAUCAUGUUACGGUCUGCAGAAACUUUCAGUUCUUCCAGAUAGAUGUGUAUAACAGUGACAGAUCCCCUCUUACGGAGAAUCAGAUUCACCAGCAGCUGCUGUUCUUGCGCGCUCACUCACACAAGACCGACAAGGUGCCAGUGGGUGUCCUCACCACUGACCAUCGAAAUAGCUGGGGACGGGCGUACGGCACCCUCAUCCGGGAUCGGCUAAACAGGGAGUCUGUGCACAACAUCCAGCAUAGCCUCUUUACUCUGUGCCUUGAUGCCACCGCGCUGAGGUACUCAGAGGAACUGUACAGCAGCCGGACAGCCGCGCAGAUGCUACACGGCGGUGGUAGCCAUGCUAACAGUGGCAACCGCUGGUUUGACAAAACUCUUCAGUUUGUGGUAGGGGAGGAUGGGACCUGCGGCCUGAUAUACGAUCAAGCAACGGCCGAUGCCUCAGCGGUGUUGACGAUGCUGCGUCAUGUUCUGGAUUAUUGCUCCAGGGACCCCUCUCUGCAGCCACCACGGUCCCCCAUAACUCGUCUGCCACCCCCAUUAAAGCUCUACUUCAACUUCCCCCCAGAGACCAAGCAGCACAUUGAGCAUGCCAAGCAAAACCUGGACAUAUUAGUGAACGAUCUGGAUAUAUGUUGCUUCUCGUUUCCUGAUUUUGGAAAACGCUUUCCCAAAAGACACAACCUAGGACCUGGAGCCUUCCUGCAGAUAGCACUGCAGCUGGGUUACUACAGGUUGCACGGAUGCCUUUGUGCCACGUGUGAGGGAAUAUCCCUACGUGCAUAUCAUCGCGGUCGUUUGGAUGUAGUACACUGCUCCUCCCCUGAAUCCUUGGAGUUUGUGCAAUCAAUGGAGGAUCCUACACGACAGGCAGAAGAGAAGCUGUCUCUAUUGAUCCGUGCCGUAAACGGUCAUAAAGAGACCACAGAGCAAGUAUUACAGGGACAGUCAGUAGAUGGCACACUACUUGCUCUGAAGAUGCUGUGUAUUUCAUCAGGCGUUGCGCUUCCGGCCCUUCUUAUGGACACAUCUUUUGCUGUGUCGUCUCACUGGAAGCUUUUCACAGGACAGGUGACCUCUCCCAUGGACUGUGUGAUCUGUUAUGGUCCUUUGGUCCCCGAUGGAUACAGCGUCUGUUUUGCACCAUCUCAGAACAGUAUUACCGUCUGUGUGUCGGCAUUUGACUGCUGCCAAGAGACAAAUGCGGAGAAUCUGUCUGAGAGCUUGCAGGAGGCUCUAAGAGACAUGCGGGCUCUCAUCCUAGAGUGCCGACCUGGAGAAGAGUAGUGGUGACUUGACUCUUUCAUUGCAUAUCUCACUACUAUGAACAUCAGAUUCCAGAGUUUUUAUGUCCCCUUUUUGAUGCAGGGACGGUCUCUUUCAGUCAAGAUAGGUCACUGUUUGAAAUGUCUCAAACACAUUUCCUCUUAUGGAUAUCUGUUUCAUUUAAGACAAGGGUCUCAUGGCUGCAAAAUAUCUGUGGGUGUUUCUAUGUCUAAAACGUCUUUUGAAUAAUACUAAAGCUUUAAAUAAAAUAAAAUCAGGUA